AUGUAUAUACUGAUUUUCGACCAGAAUCAACAAGGGCUUCUUCAUUCAGAAAUUCCCGGCCAGCGCCACAGGGCACUGAACUACGAGCGCACCAACAGGCCUCGCGGACAGGCUGCUUACUCUGCAUCGUCACGCACUCAUGCCGAGAGUUCUUCGCCUUCUCCGUUGCACGAUUUCAGGGCCUUUUUCAGUGGCAUCCGGCCGUCGUCAGACAACAAGCAGAAGGAACGUCAACAAAUAAUUGCUGACACGAACCUGUGCGCCGAUGCGGAACGCCCUCCAUCUACUCGCUUUCACGGCGUCACAACCUUUUCCAAUCUCAUUCGGUCAUCGUCAGACAAGAAAGGGAAGCAAAAGGAGCGUCAACCGAAACGCCACACGCCUCAAGUCGUCCGUGUUCCUCUCGGACAAGCUACAUAUGGUGACGCUGUCGGUGUGGAUGAUGGAACAAGACCAUAUGUGCUCUUCUUUUGCCUCAGCUGGUUCCAGAAAAAGGAGAAGAAGCCGGAUCCUCCACGGCCGGUCUAUGAUGACGAACUUGAGGAUGACGAACCCGAGGAAAACAUUCUCAAUACUCCCAUACCUACUACUACCCGGGCUCAGUGUGCCCGGCAUGACGAAAUUGAAUUGAAACCAACGACUAACCAGUCACAGCCCGAGACAGGACCAUCUCGUCUUGCAUUCUUUGAUGAUCUCAGUCUACGUAACAUCCCCUCUAACACAACAGUACCAGCUAUGGUCAGACCUGUAGACGAACAGAUGACUGAUCGGUACUAGUUUACAUUUACUCGUGAAUCGAGUCAUGAAACCAAUGGCUCGCCCGUCAUGGCCAAAUGCAGGAUCUUCUCGUGCAAUCAGUGAAGAACCCUCGGCAAAUUGAUCCAGAGCGUUCUGGUUAUAUCUCGAGCGAUGAUUCUACGUUGUACUUUCUGUGUCACACAUUUCUUUCGAAAGCUACUAUGAUAUCAAUGGUUGCCCUGGACAAGGCGACACGUA